GUACACGAGGAGGAGGACGUGUAUUGCUUAAGCUGCCACCGUUCACACUAAACGCUCCUUUUAGUGCGAAAAGUGAGCCGCAGACCACACACAGCUUUACGGCACAGCGUCUGCAUUCACGUUAUAACGUUAGUUAGUAGCAGCAUUAGCAUUACACACAGGUUCACCACAGACUGUCACAAGAAACACACAAGCUGACAAAGGACGACACAUGGGGCUCGGAGGGGGCGUGGCUCCCUUCACGCGUUAGCGUUACAUAAAAGACGGUUUCGUGUGUUACAUAAAGGACCGGUCCAUGUCCACGCUGCUGUGAGCUGCUUCUAGAGACCCGACCAGCUGAACGCACGAACAGAACCGCGGUAUCUCUCGACAGGGGACCAGGUAACCGGUCCUCUCAUUCGUUGAUAGUAGUUCGGUCUCCUCACUGCAGGCUGGGACAAGGUCAGACACUUGACCACCGCCGGUUAGAUUGCGGUUCUGUUUCUUGCACGGUGCUGAUAGAACUCGCUGUCGUUGCACGUUGAAGGUAUUUUGACGUGGUAACGGUCAUUGUUGUCUUGAUUAAUUUGUACUUGAUGUGCAGCACAGGCAGGCUGUACGGAAAGAUGGCGGCUUUGCUGAGGAUGGGACGACUGAGCAGUGUCAAGUGUUUGCGGGCUGAGAGCUGGAUUACUCCGAGUAGAGCACCUGCAGCUGCGGCCCUCAGCACAAAAUCCGGAGGUUCCAAGAAGCCGUCAAAAAAGAACAACUCAGACAAAGACCAGGUUAAAACAUACUUUGAUGUAGAGAAACUUGUCCAGCACAAGUCAUAUGAGUUUCCCAAGAAAGGAUCAUCAGCAGCCGCUGCAGCAGCAGCAGAAGCUGCAGCUAGACCAGCAGAGCCCACGCCCUCUGCUGCUGCACCCGAGACUGUGGCAACCACCCCUGUGGUAGAAGCGCUCUCUGAAACUGCCUCAGCAGUUGAAGCCACACCUGUUAUUGAGGCUGUACCAGUGGUUGCUGAAGCAGUACCAGUGGUUGAAGCUGUGGCUGAAGUGGUUGCUGAAGCUGUACCAGUGGUUGAAGCUGUGGCUGAAGUGGUUGCUGAAGCUGUACCAGUGGUUGAAGCUGUAGCAUCUGUUGCUGCAGCUCUAGCAGUGGAAGCUGCUGCAGCUGAAACUGCUGCCCCAGUUAGUGAAGCUCCGGUUGAAGCUGCUCCAGCAGAACCGGUUGUCGAACCUGCUGCUGAAGUUCCUGUCAAAGCUGCUCCUGAAGCCCCUGCUGCAGAAGCUGCACCAGUUGUGGAAGCUGCCGCUGAAGCUGAAGCUGCUCCUGCUGAAGCCCCCGUAGAAGCUGAAGCUGCUCCUGCUGAAGCCCCCGUAGAAGCUGAAGCUGCUCCUGCUGAGGCGGCUGCUGAGGCUGCAGCUGAAGUUUCUGCCCCUGUGGAGAGCACCGAGGAGCUGGUGGACCCUGCUCCAGUGGUAGCUGAAGCUGCAGGAGAGGAGCUGCAGGCGGACGCCCCAGCUGAACCAGUUGAACCAUUUGAGGCUCAAAUGGACCCAAUCCAGAAGCUCUUCUUGGACUCCAUACGCGAGUACUCUACAAAGAGCCAGGCUACUGGGGGGCUAGUGGAUGCAGGUUCUGACUAUGACAAGGCCUUGACAGACGAGGUAGCAAAGCUUCAGAGACUCUAUGGUGGUGGAGACCUUGCAUCUUUUCCAGAGUUCAAAUUCACAGAGCCCAAGUUGGAUGAAGUUACCCAGAAGUGAACAUCGGCACUUUGCAAUAAACUCUUGUUCGUCGCCUUUUCCCCGUACUUCUGUGUUAACAGUCUGCUUCAAGUCAAAGUUACAACAUGCCAUUACCUCUAGCUGUAUGUGAGAAUAGUUUCCAUGCCUGUUUUAUGGGAUGGAUGGACAUUUUUGGCAGACAAAAGCUAAUUUAGAGCUGUGAAAUAAGCUUUGUGUAGAUUGAUCCAUGGCUGAGCUGAAUGUGAAUUAAAACAAUAAAUUCCAGUUCAUAUUUGUUGAA